UUGACGAUAUGAUAAUUUUCCUAACUUAAAUAGUCGUCAACCUUAACGUUCGAUAAUUCGCUUCGUGAGGCACAUCGCCGUAUUUUUUGCCAGAUUCUUUCGUUUUGAGUAAAAACGCAUAGAAUCAGAAAACACGGCAGUGUCUCGUAACUUAAGUAUAUUUUGAUCAAGAUUUGCGGUAAAACCCGUAUUCGAUAUAAAUACCCACGUCUGAUAAAGAAUGUUACGUGACGUCCUGAUACAUCUGUUAAUUAGUGCCGUGGGUAUAUUGAUUAGUAUAUUCGCGUUUUUUAUCUUAUUCAUCGUUUAUGGAAAUCACGAUGUCGGAUUUUGGUCAAUAUUAGCAGGUGCCCUGUCUGGAGUCUGUUUUCACUUGCAUUGGAUAAGAGGCAAGGAAACUUUGGAAAGAUGGCAUACUAAAGUUACAUUGCGAAAUUUGAAUGUUGUAGGGUUUGUAAGUGCUGUAACUGGUAUUACUGCACUGAUUUGGUACCUGUUUCUUACGUUUUAUUACCAAAUUUCCGUUGAACCAAUUUCUGAGAGCACUGUCAUAUCAGCGGUAUGGGCUAUGAUUUGUGGAAAAUGGGGUAUUACUUUAAUGUAUUACUCAAACAAAUAUGAAUUAUUGGUCCAAGAAGGAGCAUUACCGAUACUCACAGACAGUGCUUGAAAUAUGUCCUUGUUUAUAUUUUUAUACAAAAUGAUAUUAUUUUUUACAAAAUGACAAAUGUAUAUAGACCAAACCUAUUUCAGUUGUUUACGAUAUUUCCUUUUUUUUAUCAACUCCCUAAACAGUAAUGAGAAAGUGCAAGUAGAUGGAUAUCGGGAUUUCACCGGUGAAUUAUUGUUCUUAUAUUUCUUUUACUUCUGUGUACGUAUUUCUGUGUAUUAGAAAUUAAGCGGCAUUAUUACUUCCUGAUGGAGUUGAAAGAUACAGGUUUUCUUCCAAUUGACAAACUCGAACAGGUUUGGUUCUUAAAACUUUUAUUAAGUGACUAUUAAAUAUAUCUCUUUAAAAAAGGGUA